AUGGGUCAAAGCAACAAUGGAAAUUUUCCAGCAAAUCUCCCUGUGCUCGAUGGCAAGAACUGGGAUCGUUGGCGAAUCCAGAUGAAGGUGAUCAUGGGGUUCCAAGAAGUCAUUGACAUAGUGGAGAAUGGGUACCCAGGUCUUCCUAAGGAACCCACAGAUGCGCAGCGAAAGGCGCACCAGGAAAAUAAGAAGAAAGAUUGUAAGGCCCUGUUUCUGCUUCAUCAAUGUGUUGAUGUCGCACACUUUGAAAAGAUUUCUGGAGCAGCAAACUCUUCAGAAGCAUGGAAGAUCUUGGAGAAGAUCAAUGAAGGUGCUGAGCAAUUGAAGAAAGUCAAGUUGCAAACGAUGAGGCGCAAGUACGAAUUGCUGCAAAUGGAGAGCACUGAACGCAUUGCUGAUUUCUUCAAUCGAAUCAUCUCUCUCACCAAUCUGAUGAAGGCUUGUGGUGAGAAAAUCACUGAUCAAUCAAUCGUUGAGAAGGUACUGCGAACCCUAACCCCUAAAUUUGAUCAUAUUGUGGUGGCAAUAGAAGAAUCCAAGAAGCUGGAGAAUAUCAAGGUUGAAGAGCUUCAAGGAUCACUUGAGGCUCAUGAACAGAGGUUGAUUGAGCGUUCCACUGAAAAAUCAACUGAUCAAGCGCUUCAAGCCUCAACCUCAAAGAAAGGGGGAUUUCAAGGAAAAGGGGGUUUUCGAGGGAAAGGAAAAGGUAGAGAUUACAAGUCAAAUUCAAGCAUAAAUGGUGAUAGUCAAGAGAAAAGCAAGACUGAUGGUGAUCAAUCCUCUGAAUCUUCAUCAAGAAGAGGAGGGUCAAAUCAUUACAGAGGUGGAAGAAAGAAGUUUGACAGAAAGAAGAUAAGGUGUUUUAAUUGCAACAAGAUAGGUCACUUUUCCGCUGAGUGCAAGGCUCUAAGCCAAGAGGAUCAUCAAGACAAGCAUGGUGAUGAAGCAAAUUUGGUCCAGAUGAAGGUCCAAGUACCUUGA